CACCUUGUGAUGAUGUGUACAACAGCCCGCCUCUCCCCAGCUGAUGCUCCAGCGCUGUCAAUGUCUGUUCGCGGAGGAGCGCUGGAGGAGCAGGGGGGACUGGGAAUCCGGAGAGGUUCCGCGGGGCAGCGCGGUGAGCACACCCAUGGGUGGCUGCGUGGGCAGUCACCAUGAUUCCUCGGGCAGUUUGAACGAGAUCUCGGACGGAACCGGAGUGGCUCUGGGCCGCAACCAGCCCCUGAAGAGGGAGAAGCCCAAAUGGAAGAGCGACUACCCGAUGACAGACGGGCAGCUGCGGAGCAAACGCGACGAGUUCUGGGACACGGCACCCGCGUUCGAGGGCCGCAAAGAGAUCUGGGAUGCGCUGAGGGCCGCUGCGCACGCCUUCGAGAGCAACGACCAUGAGCUGGCGCAGGCCAUCGUCGAUGGGGCCAGCAUAACUCUGCCACAUGGUGCCCUGACGGAGUGCUACGACGAGCUGGGUAACCGAUACCAGCUGCCCGUCUAUUGCCUGGCACCGCCGGUCAACAUGAUCGAGGAGAGGAGCGACGCGGAGUCGUCGGACGCGCCGGAGCCGCCGCCCGGCGCGGGCCAGGAGUGCCAGCUGCGGCUGCGUCUCUCCACGGGCAAGGACCUGCGCCUGGCCGUUCGCACCACCGACUCGGUGCAGCACAUGAAGCGCCGCCUGCAGGCCGAGGAGGGCGUGGCACCUUCCAGCCAGCGCUGGUUCUUCUCGGGCCGCCCGCUCACGGACAAAAUGAGGCUGGAGGAGCUCAAGAUCUCCAGGGACUACGUGGUGCAGGUGAUCGUGAGCCAGCCUCCCCCUCAGAACCCCACGCCCGUGGAGAACUAGAGCUCACUGGGGUUUAAAAAAAAAAAAAAA